AUAUCGUUUCAAGGUGGUGCACCCAUUACUAAAAACCCUUGCAGCGGGACGGCACGGAGGGCGUGUGGUGCAGGCGGCCACCAUGGAGCUGAUACGGAAGAAGAUGAAACCGUACCAACCGUCGGAACAGCUGGUGGUGCGCGAUAGCGUCAGCCUCAGCAUGGACGAGGACCUGAGCGAUGACGUGGAGGACGAGGUGUUUAUACGGGACGGGCGCACCUGUCGCACGUACGAGGAUCGGGGUGCGAAACGGCCACUCAUGGCACCGCGACGCAAGUACGGCAAAGCAACAAGUGGCAAUGGGAGUGCGGGUGGAAACGGGGUGGGUGGCGUGCGGUCGUCGAGCCCCAUCCUCAAGAAGUAUCGCCGCCGGAAGUGCUGGAAGUGUUGCGAACCAUUUUGCUACGGGUUGGCUGCGGUGACUGUGCUUAUCGGACUAAUAGUGUUGGCCGCCCUACUUCUGACGGCUUUCCCACAACCACUGCAAAAGAUCAAGAUAUGGUUUCACAAGGAGUCCGCUUUCAGUAGCGCCGUUAUCCGGGACAAGUUCAGCAGUUUAAUGUAUACUGCCGAUGGUAACACCUACGCCGCUUCGGACGGAAGCAACGGAACGCUGGAAGUGGUCCCAUGCACCCAGAUAACCGUUCAAAACGUAUGGACACGUGUAAUUGCUCGCGUCAACACUGAAAGCCCUCUACGGAAGCUGGACGUGAACGGCGACGGUGUGGACGACAUUAUCGUCGGGUACGGGAUCGACGAGAUGGUAGACGAAGGAGUGAGAGAUUACAUACCCCAGUGUACAUCGCGCAAAACUGGCAUCACCGAUCUGUGCGGCGGUGGACUGUUGGCACUGAACGGGAUCGAUGGUGAAACACUGUGGCAACGGUGGACUUCGUUUACGAUUUUUUCGCUAAAAUGUAACAUCGACAUCAACUCGGACGGUGGCAACGAUUGUGUGGCGGCUGGUCGUGGUGGACUUAUACUGGCGCUCGAUGGACACAACGGUCGUAUACUGUGGGAGCUGAAGGAUUAUUCGGAUUUGGAAAGCUACGCCGAGAUAAGCAUCGAUCUGUACACGAUCAAUGUGGUGCGGGACUUGAACGGGGACGGCAUAUCGGAUCUGAUUGCGGUACACGUGGAAGAAACGCAACGAGCGCACGGUGGUCACAUUAAGCUGAUCUCCGGUGCUACCGGUACAAUAUUACGCAGCAUUCCCACUCCUUACCGGGAGGAAAUGUUUGUUCCGAUACAGGAGCUGGCAAAAGCGGAUGGUUCGGAUGCAUUUCUGGUGGUUACUGGGGGUCAAAAUUCACCCGGCGGUGUUUAUGUACUCAAGCAGGAGAACCUCAUGAAGUACCCGGGGGAAAAUGCAUUCGAACCAAUCGUGCGACUAGAGUCGUCCGGAUUCAUGGUACCGGCCGUACUGACCGAUCUGAAUGGAGACGGUACGGAGGACAUUGUGGUCAGUUCGUUUAACUCGACCGUGUACGCGUUUGAUGGGGCGAAUCGUACACAGCUGUGGACUUUUACGAUCGCUGACUCGGAGAGCGUUAGUUCUAUCGUACCCGGACACUUUGAUCAUGACAAUGUGACGGACUUUAUGGUGAAGUACAACACGGGAUCGGGAUUUCCGAUCUACUACUACUCACAGACGAUGAUCAUAAACGGUACGAAUGGGAAACCAUUUUUGGACAGCUCGAUCAAAGAUUCUGGCGGUCCUAACGGAUUGCUGGGAGGCAUAACUAUUUCUCAAACCGGCGGAGGAGAUUUAUUUCUACAUUGGCAAACACAGUGCAGAAAUCGCACGGCGGACACUACGGAUGAGUAUCAGUUCAUACCCGAAAGCGACGUUAUUCAACAAUCACGUGCGGACACAUGCGCCUUGCGCUACAAUCAAUCGUCAGUCCUCAAGCUGUACGCCAUAACGCGUCACGUGGAGCCUCCGGGAGCGGUCAUAUUCUCGUCCGAUGACUUAACCAUCCGGCUGAACGAAACGGGCACUUCGGAACAAGCACAACCAAGCUAUGUGGCACCGAUGAAGCAUCCCAAGAUGAAGUUGAAGGGACGAAACGAUGGACAGAGCAGUGCAACAAUGCGCAAAACUUCCGCCGAAGCUGCAGCCGUAGGGCAGCAAGCAACGAACCAGGCGGACGUGCAUAUGGAUAAAAAGUUGGCUCCAUCGCAGCAGACCAACCCGGUCGGAGUGGUAGUGGAUGGUCCGGGUCAGGCAGCGGUCCUUGGCAGUAGACGAAAGGAAUCCUUCCGUGGACAGCAAUCCGCAGCAGUGGCACAAUCGAUUGAUACAUUGGCCGAGGAAGAAGCUAAACGGCAGGAGAAGAUGGCACUGAACAACGUGUACAAAAAGUAUAUCCUGAAUGCGAACGAUCAGGAUGCUCAGGUUGGGGAUCUUGCCGGACCGCUUGGUGGGAUGGGUGAGGAGGGUAGAGGUGGUGACGAACGCAAGCCGUACAUUUAUCUUCCUUACGAUCAAAUAGAGCAGGAAGGUCGCAAUCCUUACUUGGCAAAUCAAAUCCCACAGGCUCCGGUUGGUGGUUUGGAUUAUGACUAUGGAACAUCACCGCUGGAACAGGAAGAAGGUCGACCAAUCCCUGCACCGUACAAGCGUCCACGAUAUCGCUCCAACGGUCGAGACGUUCGCAGCAAGUUUGGGGUUUUUGACGACAUAGAGCUUCACGAUCGUUCACUGGAGGAGCAGGUAUUCAACGAGUCCAAUCCAAACUCGCAGAUCGUAAAAAAAGUGCUGCUAAACGAUGAGAUUAUGGAUGAUUUGAAGAAUGCCGAUCUUGGAACCAAGGGUUCUAAAGAGACACUCUGGGAUUUGGAGAUGGAAAAGGAGGCCAAGGAAGCGAUGAACGAUGUCAACGCCAUGAACUAUGAGUAUAAUAAUAAGGCGAGACGUCAAGUCGGAACAACUGUCCCGGUCAAAACGACGACAAGCUCAUCCCCAUCAACAACCAGUCCAAUAGUUGCAGUGCAGAAACAGCGCACCGUUCUUCCAAACGAAAACAUUCUUCCCUCGAUCGCAUCCACGGGUGUACUGCUGAAAUCGGUCAGCAACGCUGGCCGAGACACCACAACGACCGCCGCUUCCACCACACCCUCCACCCUUGUCCCGUCAACCAUCGAUUACGUAUUUGUGAUGAAUAUCCGCGAAUCGGAACAAUAUCCACCAUUGUUUCUCGAUUCCGAUCUAAGCUGUAUACAGGAAAAGAUGCAAGCCUACCGUACGUACCGGAACGAGGAUAUGGUGCAACUGGAGAAAAAAUUCUUUGCCCAAUGUUUGAAAGCACGGUUGCCCGACUUCCUGACACCACAGUUCCCGCGGUUCGAGACACAAAUUAUCGUCACACGGCUAGAGAUUGGAUGUGGCUGCAGUGCCGAUCUGAAUCCGACGCGUGAAGUUUGCUCGAAGCUGCACAGCUACGAGCAGCAAAGGUGGACCCAGUACAUGGGCAACGAAGGGCACGGUCGGUACUGAAGCAGUGCCGGGGAGAAAGAACAGA